CACGCCUGUAAAUCCCAGCACUGUGGGAGGCCGAGGCGGGUGGAUCAUGAGGUCAAGAGAUCAAGACCAUCCUGGCUAAAACGGUGAAACCCCGUCUGUACUAAAAAAAUACAAAAAAAUUUAGCCGGGCGUGGUGGCGGGCGCCUGUAGUCCCAGCUACUCUGGAGGCUGAGGCAGGAGAAUGGCGUGAACCUGGGAGGCAGAGCUUGCAGUGAGCCGAGAUCGCGCCACUGCACUCCAGCCUGGGAGACAGAGCAAGACUCCGUCUCAAAAAAAAAAAAAAAAAAAGUAUUUAUUGAGCCUCUGCUGCGUGGGGGAGACCGUGAGGAUCCGAAGGUGCACACGACUCGGAGUUUGCGGGAGCAGCCUACGGCGUGGGGUCGCCAGGCCUGGGCAGGUUCUGGAGGACACGUGCCGGCGGCAGGACUUCAACCCCUGUGAAUAUGAUCUGAAGUUUCAGAGGAGUGUGCUCGACCUUUCUCUCCAGUGGAGAUUUGCCAACCUGCCCAACAAUGCCAAGCUGGAGAUGGUGCCCGCUUCCCGGAGCCGUGAGGGGCCUGAGAACAUGGUUCGCAUCGCUUUGCAGCUGGACGAUGGCUCGAGGUUGCAGGACUCUUUCUGUUCAGGCCAGACCCUCUGGGAGCUUCUCAGCCAUUUUGCACAGACCAGGGAGUGCCUGCAGCACCCCGGCGGGGCCACCCCAGUCUGCGUGUACACGAGGGAUGAGGUGACGGGUGAAGCUGCCCUGCGGGGCACGACGCUGCAGUCGCUGGGCCUGACGGGGGGCAGCGCCACCAUCAGGUUUGUCAUGAAGCGCUACGACCCCGUGGGCAAGACCCCAGGAAGCCUGGGCUCGUCAGCAUCGGCUGGCCAGGCAGCCGCCAGAGCUCCACUUCCCUUGGAAUCUGGGGAGCUCAGCCGCGGCGACUUGAGCCGUCGGGAGGACGCGGACACCUCAGGGCCCUGCUGCGAGCACACUCAGGAGAAGCAGAGCACAAGGGCACCCGCACCUGCCCCCUUCGUUCCUUUCUCGGGUGGGGGACAGAGACUGGGGGGCCCUCCUGGGCCCACGAGGCCUCUGACAUCAUCUUCAGCUAAGUUGCCGAAGUCCCUCUCCAGCCCUGGAGGCCCCUCCAAGCCAAAGAAGUCCAAGUCGGGCCAGGAUCCCCAGCAGGAGCAGCAGCAGGAGCGGGAGCGGGAUCCCCAGCAGGAGCAGGAGCAGGAGCGGGAGCCAGAGCAGCCCCUGGACCGGGAGCCCGUGGACCGGGAGCCGGUGGUGUGCCACCCCGACCUGGAGGAGCGGCUGCAGGCCUGGCCAGCGGAGCUGCCUGAUGAGUUCUUUGAGCUGACGGUGGACGACGUGAGAAGACGCUUGGCCCAGCUCAAGAGUGAGCGGAAGCGCCUGGAAGAAGCCCCCUUGGUGACCAAGGCCUUCAGGGAGGCGCAGAUAAAGGAGAAGCUGGAGCGCUACCCAAAGGUGGCUCUGAGGGUCCUGUUCCCCGAUCGCUACGUCCUACAGGGCUUCUUCCGCCCCAGCGAGACAGUGGGGGACUUGCGAGACUUCGUGAGGAGCCACCUGGGGAACCCCAAGCUGUCAUUUUACCUGUUCAUCACCCCUCCAAAAACAGUCCUGGACGACCACACGCAGACCCUCUUUCAGGCGAACCUCUUCCCGGCCGCUCUGGUGCACUUCGGAGCCGAGGAGCCGGCAGGUGUCUACCUGGAGCCUGGCCUGCUGGAGCAUGCCAUCUCCCCAUCUGCGGCCGACGUGCUGGUGGCCAGGUACAUGUCCAGGGCCGCCAGGUCCCCUUCCCCAUUGCCAGCCCCUGACCCUGCACCUAAGUCUGAGCCAGCUGCUGAGGAGGGGGCGCUGGUCCCCCCUGAGCCCAUCCCAGGGACAGCCCAGCCCGUGAAGAGGAGCCUGGGCAAGGUGCCCAAGUGGCUGAAGCUGCCGGCCAGCAAGAGGUGAGAGCCGCCAGCCUGAGGUGCCCACUCUGCCAGCCACAGGACCACCUCCUCUGCCAGCAGGAAUAAAGACUUGUGCGUCCCUCAA